CAACUUGUGAUGGAGUCUGCUAUUGGUGUGCUGGUGUCCCAGUUCAAGGCCUAUGCUGGCAGGGAUGGAUCCUCUGACACACUGAGCCGAGAUGAGUUCCACAAACUGGUCACAUCAGAGCUCCCUAACCUUGUCAAGGCUGCUGCCGACCCCGCUGCCAUCGACCAGCUCAUGAGUUCAUUGGACAAGAACAAUGAUGGAGAGCUCAACUUCCUGGAGUUCUGGCAUCUGAUUGGGCAUCUUGCAAGCAAGCAUGGGGGGUUCAGCCAAUAGAGUGUCCUCAGAUACUCUGUUACAGUUUUAAUGCUUGUUACUGACUUGUCUGUGUGCCAUACUGUGUAGAAAUGGGAAAACAGCCAAGUGGAAAACACCCUAAAGUCAGUUUCAGCUUCACAAUGCUGUGUCUUUAACAGUUCCCAGCAAUUCUUCACUCACCGUCCUCUCAUCAGUAGUUGCCAAACUGGCACAGACUCACUCACAGAGUAUUAUUUGUGCAGCAUUAGA